CCGAGCCCCGGCGGCAGCAGCAGCAGCAGCAUGUGGAGUGGAGCCGCCGGAAUAACAUGCUUGGAAGUACUCAAUAUUGUUGAUCACCCGUACCCCGGCACGAGAGCUCCAGCUUAAUCCUUUUCAAACUCUUCUCUCAGAACAUGGGGGAAACCGAUGAUGAAAAAUACAGUCAAGCUGGCCAGAUAUUUGAGAACUUCGUACAAGCAACAACAUGCAAAGGCACCAUUCAGGCCUUUAAUAUUCUCACUCGCCAACUUGAAUUAGAUCCUUUGGACAAUAGAAACUUUUACACCAAACUAAAAUCAAGAGUGACCACAUGGAAGGCCAAAGCUUUGUGGAACAAGCUUGAUAAAAGAGCAAGUCACAAAGAGUAUAAACGUGGAAGAUCUUGUAUGAACACUAAGUGUUUAAUUAUUGGAGGUGGCCCAUGUGGCUUGCGGACUGCCAUAGAACUUGCUUUCCUGGGAGCCAAAGUUGUCGUGGUGGAGAAGCGGGACACUUUUUCAAGAAACAAUGUGUUGCAUCUCUGGCCAUUUACCAUCCACGACCUCCGGGGACUGGGAGCAAAGAAAUUUUAUGGAAAAUUCUGUGCAGGAUCAAUUGAUCAUAUCAGUAUUCGACAACUUCAGCUUAUCCUCUUCAAAGUUGCACUUCUACUGGGAGUUGAAAUCCAUGUGAAUCUAGAAUUCGUGAAGGUCCUGGAGCCUCCCGAAGAUCAAGAGAACCAAAAAACAGGUUGGAGGGCUGAAUUUCUCCCCGUGGAUCACCCGUUGUCAGAGUAUGAAUUUGAUGUUAUUAUUGGUGCUGAUGGCCGCAGAAACACCUUGGAAGGCUUCAGGAGGAAGGAGUUUCGUGGAAAGCUGGCCAUAGCCAUCACUGCCAAUUUUAUAAACAGAAAUACAACUGCAGAAGCCAAGGUAGAAGAAAUUAGUGGAGUUGCUUUCAUCUUCAAUCAGAAGUUCUUCCAAGACCUUAAAGAGGAAACAGGGAUUGACCUGGAGAAUAUUGUUUACUAUAAAGAUAGCACUCAUUAUUUUGUGAUGACAGCAAAGAAGCAGAGUCUUCUGGACAAAGGAGUGAUUAUUAAUGACUCCAUUGAUACUGAGUUGCUGCUCUGUGGGGAAAAUGUGAACCAGAACAAUUUGCUGUCCUACGCCAGAGAAGCUGCUGACUUUGCAACCAACUACCAGCUGCCUUCCUUGGAUUUUGCAAUUAAUCACUAUGGCCAACCAGAUGUAGCAAUGUUUGAUUUUACUUCCAUGUAUGCAUCUGAAAAUGCUGCAAUAGUGAGAGAAAGGCACAGACAUCAGCUUCUGGUAGCACUUGUUGGAGACAGUUUGCUUGAGCCCUUCUGGCCAAUGGGUACUGGCUGUGCAAGAGGCUUCCUGGCUGCUUUUGACACUGCGUGGAUGGUGCGGAGCUGGGCUCAGGGGAAACCCCCACUGGAGAUCCUUGCUGAACGAGAGAGCAUUUAUCGACUCUUGCCUCAGACGACCCCUGAAAAUAUUAAUAAGAACUUUGACCAGUAUACCAUUGACCCAGGAACAAGAUACCCAAACUUGAACUCAAGCUGCGUUCGACCUCACCAGGUGAGACAGUUAUAUGUCACCAAUGAGUUACAGCAGUGUCCUCUUGAAAGGGUGAGCUCCAUCAGAAGAUCAGUGAAUCUCUCCAGACAUGAGUCAGAUAUUCGACCUAACAAGCUCUUGACGUGGUGUCAGAAGCAGACAGAAGGAUACCGUAACGUGAACGUCACGGACCUCACGACCUCCUGGAAGAGCGGCCUGGCCUUGUGUGCGAUUAUCCAUCGCUUCAGGCCUGACCUCAUUGACUUUGAUGCUCUGAACGAAGAGGACGUUGUCAAGAACAACCAGCUGGCGUUCGAUGUUGCUGAGCAGGAGUUUGGGAUCCCCCCUGUGACCACAGGGAAGGAGGUGGGGUCGGCCGGAGAGCCCGACAAGCUCAGCAUGGUCAUGUACCUCUCCAAGUUUUAUGAGCUGUUCCGAGGCACACCUCUGCAGGCCGUAGAUGCUGGUGAGAAGCAAAAUGGAGAAAAUAAUGAUCUUGGUUCAGCAAAAUCGUCAAGCUCCAUCUCUAAUAAUUAUUUAAAUUUAACUUUACCAAGAAAACGAGUACCAAAGGUUGAAGGGAAAACAGAAGAAAACGAGACUAACAAAAGACGUCGGAAAGGUCUUCUUGGUGUCUUCGAGGAGACUUCGAGCUUUUCAAGCCAAGGGACAAAUACUGGGAAAGCACAGAGUGAUGGCAGAGAAGGAAUGAACCAGAACAAAGUUAAAUCAAUGGCAACUCAGCUGUUGGCAAAGUUUGAAGAGAAUACUUCAAAUACCAUUUUGCGGAGACAGGAGGUAAUAGAUAGACCAGCCCUACUUGCUUCUGACCCUCCUGCUAAUCCUCGCUUUGCUAAACCUGUGGAUCCAAGUCUUCUUCCACCUCAACCAAAAAGGCAGUUUCAGGUGGUAGCUAGGAGUGAACACGAGGUCAGGGAACCCAAACAGUCUUUAAAUGGUUCUGAUCAUAUGGCCAGGAGAGCAAAGACUGUACAAAACACAGAUUCCCAGCCCAGUCUGUCAGAAACCUCUGAAAAUCUCGCAUCUGCCUGUUCUGCUGCAUUUGUACUUUCUGGAGUGCUUGAGCGUCUUCAGCACCUGGAGGAAAAAAUGAAACAGAAAAGAGCUCAGACUAUAGCAAAUAGGGAAUUCCAUAAAAAGAAUAUUAAAGAGAAAGCAGCACAUCUUGCCUCAAUGUUUGGAUACAUGGAGUUUCCAAAGAAUAAGCUACCUACUAAAGGCUUACCCCAUUCUCAGCCCCCAACUCCCUCUUGCCCUCCACCUCAUCAUUCAGCUGCUGCUGCUUCAUCAUCUGUCAGUUCAGCUUCCUCUGCUGUUCCUUCUCAACAGAGUUCUCUGCGAAAAGAAUUUCCUCAGUCUAUUGGGGGGAGUGACAUUUGUUAUUUCUGCAAAAAACGGGUCUAUGUUAUGGAGCGGCUGAGUGCAGAAGGCCACUUCUUUCACAGGGAGUGCUUCAAGUGUGAAAUAUGUUCUACAACACUCCGUUUAGGAAUUUAUGCCUUUGAUGUUGAAGAAGGUAAAUUUUACUGUAAACCUCAUUUUACACACUGCAAAAUGAGUACGAAACACAGAAAGAGAAGAGCAACAUUACCAAUCCAAGGAAAGGAGGCAGCAGAAGCAUGGAAGAAAAUGGAACCCAGACCCGCAGAGACCACCACAGAAAGCACUUUGUCUGCUGCUAGCAGUCCAGAGGACAGGUCCCCAGGUAUCCUGACUUCCUUCUUUAGGGGCACGCUAAGCUGGCCCCUGCGGGUGACAAGGGAUCUGCUUGACAUUCCCAGACGCCUGUCUAACUGGAUGCAUGGUUUUCUGCACGCUACCAAUCUUCAUUUCAGGGACAAUGCAUAUAACUAUACCUACUUGUAUGAACUCUUGAGCCUUGGUGUGCCACUCCUCUGUGCUCUUCUAGAGGUACUUACUCACAUGUACCGGGAAGCAGAGCUAUCACUUGAAAAUGUGCUUGAAUGGGUGAAAAGAUUCUAUAGGGUUUGAAUUCUUCUACGUGUCUUGCUCAGUUGUGCCUUUCAGAUUUUCAAAAUUAACAGCCUGACUGUUUUCUUGAGGGGGGAUUUUGGUUUUGGAGUUUUGUUUUUUUGCUUUUCGUGCAAUUUAAUGCAUGACUUCAAUGAAUGGUGGAUUCCUUCUGACAUAAACGAGGUACACAAUCAAAAUUUUCAACAUAAAAUGUACUGUAUGUGAGAGCAUGAAGGACAGUGUCCAGACACAUUUCCGGAAAAUGGAGACAGAUGAAGGAUAUUUUGUAGAUUAUUUUUCCCUCUGUUUGAUUCUGUGAUCAGACCAUUGGGGAAGAUGGUACAUUUUGAAACCAUUUUUCUCCCUGCCUACCAACCCCUCCACUUCUUUUUUUUUUUUUUUUUUUUUUUUUUUUUAGUUAGACCAAGAAAGAACAUGUGUUUCAGAUGUGUGGGGAAUAUAUCUGACAAAUGACUGGGUUUUGAAACCUGAAUAUAGAGCGUAGCUUUUUUUUUUCUCGCUUUCGUCUUUGCUCUGGGUUAUGAGGUUUAUAAUUUGCAUGAAUGUUUUGAAAAAAAUCACGUACGUAAUUCAUAUUGCUCCUAGUCAUGCCUUUUACGUUGCUUACGUGUGAUAGAUACCCUCUGUUGAUAAGUGGGUAUUAUCUGUUCUACUAAUUUAUUUAAAUUUUUAAAUAAAUUUGAAGAGCAAAUGCUAGGUGAGUGAAGGCUUGAUUGAAAUUUUUAAGUUGAAGGAACUGGUAAUGUAAUUAGACCUGACUUAUUCCUCAGGUUGAGGCUUCCUCAUUAGGUGGCCAAUAAGAGGAAUAUGAAUUUAUGGAGCACUCAUCUGUAGCUGAAAUCUCUACUGUUGUGCCUCUGGGUAGGCAUUGCUCCCAGUGUCUGUUGGAAUUUCUUCAAAACACAAGUUUAAAACAAACAAAAGCCUAUAAAUGUAUUCUAAGAUUACUUCUUAGCUGGGUAUUUAAUUCAUUUCAAUGUGUACAACCAAUGGCAGCCACUAAAUAAAUUUCUUUCAGAUGUCUCUCAAUGAGGUAUACCUAAAACAGCAGGUGUCUGGACAGGUUAAAUAAUCUAUUUACAGCAAGGACAUGCUGCCAAUUCUGAUUAUUUUCAGCCUAGUUAGCCAGUGAGGUAAGCAUAUUCCUUGCCUCUCAAAUACUUACAUGUUUAAAUUCAGGCAUUGACCAAGAAAUAGGUAAAUACAUAAACAUGGCAAUAUGUGUAGCCUAAAAUUAAAAACAUCUGUAGUAUUUAUUUGUAGCCAAAAGAAUGUGGCAUAAACAAUAGGAAAUACUGUCCUAUUCAGUUAGUACUGAAGUUGAGGAUGACUUUCCAGUGGUCUCAAAUGACCGUGUUUCUCAUGGGCUGGCAGUUGUGAUUUUAUUUUUUUUUAAUAUAAUGAGUGGGCAAAGAUGAUUUUGAUUGUUUUGCCUCUUAGAUAUUAAGAGGAAAUGUAUCUUUUGUUUAAAAAUAAAUUACAAACUGGAUUUUUUUUCUAGAUAGUUUGACUUUCUUUAAACUAUGAGGGUAAAGACUUUCACAUUUUAGAGUGGUUAUGUAUUAUUGGAAAAAAAUUGUUAAGUAUAUGCAGAGAACUUGAAAAAGUGCUUGAAGAAAAUUGUUUAGAUAUAUGGUAGCAUUCCUUUGAAAUAAAUUGCCAUUAAUGCUCAAACAUAUUCAGCCAAACUUUGCUAGAACAUUGACUGGACACAGCAAUAAUUAUAGUAACAUGGUGAGCAUCUGUAUAUACGUAAAGAAAUCUAUCUGUACCUUUUUUUUAUUGCAUUUUAAAAACCCCUAAUUUGAAACACUGUAUUAUUUUUAAUUGUUUGCUGAUGGUAGUAAUGGUUUCACCCUAAAAAGGAGAAAAUCUGCAGUGCGAUUUGUCAUGUUACUCCUGUGACACAGCAAACUGCUAAGUGGUUUUAAAAUUUGGGUUGCCAUCAGUUUUGAUUUCAGUAUGUCAACAGCAGAGUCUUUAGGAACACUUUUUCUUCUGCUGCUUACUACAGGAAGUUUUCUGCUUUUUCAGCAGAGUGAGCAUAAUGGUAAACUUACAGAAAAUGGUGAUGUACUAAGAAAUUUGGAAAUCUCUGUCCAAUAAAGUUAAAGGAAAUGAAUCUUACUAGUAGAAAGUUUAAAAAUCAGAUUUUAAAAAAAUAAAUUAAAAUAAUGUAUUGGUUUUGUAUAAAUUUAUAUAAUGGGAAAUAAAAUCCCUACACUUCCACAACAGAAUUCAGGAACUUGCAUAAUGCAAAUGUUUUCCUGAGGAAUCUUAAUUACACUGCAUAUUCCACUGGAAUUUUGCAGGUGAUUCUUCUGGAAAGGUUGUUUUAUUGGUAUCAGUCUAUAAUUGGUAGAUUUUUUUUUCACUUCAUCUUAAUAUUCUGCUAGUAAUAUUCAUACUUAUUUGUCCUCAUUCAUAAUUUAAGGCAAGAAAGGCAGUUUCAUUUUGGCCAAUUCUUCUUUGCACCUAUGUAAUCUUCCUGAUGCUUUCCUAUUUAACCAAGUUAAGUUCUGUGUUUUCUUCCCUGCUCUCUUCUCCUGUCAAUGUCCCUUAUUGCUUUUAGUCCGAUUCAACAUUCCGGUGCUGCACCCGCUCACUGGCUGAAGCCUUUCUGCUCUCAGGUGAUUUUUUUUUUUCUGCUUGCCAGUUCCAAAAUUGUGUGACUAACACCGUCGUUUGACAGCAUUUUGUGGUUUUUUAAAACUUUUGGAGCAAACUGUGUGUGUCUGGUAUAUUAAUGGAGCUUUGGCAUGAUCAUUUAACCUGUUGCUGAAUUGAUGGUUUUAGAAAAGGUAAUGCCUGCGCUCUUUGUAGGGAAUGUUUUUCUCUUGGUGUCUGUGCAUGUUUGCUUCCCUAUGCCUUUCAGGUAAGUUAGACAAGUAAAUAGCUCCUUGAAGGAACUAGCUGAAGCCUUAUUUUUUUUCAAAGAAUUGAAGGAAAGAUUAAAAAUAAGGUCAGGAAGGCAUUACCCAGCUGAUUCUCCUGGUUGGCAUGAGCUCAGAUGUGCAAUGAGCAAGCAGCAUCUGAGCAGUGUGGUGCUCUCUGAGCACUUCUCUGCUUUCAUACUGGAAGAGUAUGGUAUAAAAAGAUUCUGUAUAAAAAAGAGCCAAAGCAAUGCAAAUUCCAGUCUUCCACCCCAAGCGACAUUUCUGCUAUUACUCCUGUCUGCAAAUAUGCCUGCAGUUCUCAGGCUGAAAUAUCACCAUGCCAAGUUUAUAUAACCAAAGUGUUUUGGUUUGAGUUGUUUUAUUAACUAAUUAACUUGGCCCCAUUUGGCACCCUGAUGAAUGGAUUUGUCUUGCUGCAUGAGACAUUGCCACUACUCCCUGUGACAAACAUACGUGAUUAUUUUUAUGUAAAGAAAUGCAUAAGUUUCAGUUUGUGUAAUCACAAGUUGACAAUCUAGAAGGGGAAAUUAAUCCCAACAAGAACCAAGGGCUCAGUCUGACCAGCAAGUGCACAGGGUCUGGCUGAUGUGGUCAUAACCCAGCUGUUCCUGCCGAGGAUCCCUUUCAAAGGGAGGGGCCUUCAGGAACUGAUCUUAGGAGUAAUUUUCAGCAGGGGCUAACCAUCCUCUGCCACUCUCCUCAUUUCACAUGCUUUAGCCAGGAAUGUGGAAGGGCCACAGGGUCAGAGCUCCGUGUUCCUUAUCUUACUGACCUGUAUGUUUGUGGGACUCACCUGGUAGUAUUUAUUUGUGUGGGUAUCCUAAAAUGACUCGAUGGCUCUGACAGUCCCUAUGCUGUGCCCACCAGAAACCUCUCUGUAUUUUAAGGGUCACUUCCUGCACAUAUGGCUGGGAUGUGACUUCCUAUGUAUUUCAGGGCUACAGUGUGUUGUUACAAAGCUCAGCAUGCUUUAAUAUGAAGGUCUACCAUUUCAAACCACUUCCUAUUGCUGUGUUUUUUACUCUCUGUUUCAGACUCUUCCUCGCUGUUCCUGCCCAGUGAGGAUUCUGUCCUUCUCCUCCUAAACCUUCUGUCUUUACUUUAUAAUCUUAACUGAAUAUUUUUAUUAAAUAGUUUUUAACUCUGUAUUUAAAUUUUCACAUGGAAACUCUGUAUUUUGCACACGGUGAAAAUUGUUUUAGCUUUAUUUAUGAUAUCUGCUGUAAACAAAAAUAAAUGUAGUUCUUUAUAA